AUGCACGCCUCUUCUCGAGGCUGUCUUGGCUGGGCGAACGUCGUUGUCGCCCUGCUGGCAGCGGCGCCAUCGGCGCAGGCCUUCCGUCCCGGUGCCCUGGGGUGGCUGUUUAACGGGUUGCUCUUCCUCUCGCUCGUGCCGCUCGUGGUUGGGCCGCUGAUCUCGUGGUACAUCUCCUCCAAUCUGAUCGAGGGCGCGUGCCCCGAAUGCGGAGCGCCGGUGCAGGUGCUCAAAGGGCAGAGCGGCACCUGCUUCAGCUGCGGCUCAAGCUUUAGCGACGACAGGGACGCGUCGACCGGCGUCUUCACUCGGCAAGGCGCGGCGUCGUCGAGCUGGUUCGGCGAGGGCGGCGCCUCAGAGGACGGCGUGGUGGAGGUGGACGUGAUCGUAGACGAUGACUGA